AAAUUAUUGGUUCGGUUCACCCAGUUGUCACAACACCGGUCACUCCGUUACGCUUCCGAUCGUCGUAAUCCCUAGCCCUCAGAUGAAAGGAGCUUCAACACAUAGGAGCUUUGGGAAUAUACAUAAGGAUGUAGAAAUGGGGACAAAGGAGUCAUAUUGGAUUUAUGAGUAUUUUGGUAAAUGGAGGUUCUUGAUCACUCUGAGAAGAUUGCUAUCCCUCUGCAAAUGUCAAGGAAAGGAUGAGGAGUUCAAAAUUGUUAUCUAUUUAAUAAUAGCUCUGGUGCAUCUUGGAGCACAUGAGUGAUGGAGCCUGUGGAGCACCACUUCAAGAGUUGCUCUUGUGAAUUGUGCCCACUGCACAUCAACAAAUGGCUGGUCGUUCUUCCCGCACCAUAUACGUUGGUAACCUACCGCUAGAUAUCAAAGAGUGGGAGAUUGAAGACCUUUUCUACAAGUAUGGACGUAUUUUGGAUAUCGAAUUGAAGCUUCCUCCCCGCCCUCCUGGUUACUGUUUCGUGGAGUUUGAGGACCCUCUGGAUGCUGAAGACGCAAUUAAGGGUCGAGAUGGCUAUAAUUUUGAUGGGUGUCGUAUCCGGGUUGAACUAGCCCAUGGUGGUAGAGGGCAAUCUUCUCGACGUGGAUAUGGUGGUAGUGGCGGCAGCGGUGGUAGAGGACGAUUUGGGACUUCUCAUCGGUCUGAGUUUCGAGUUGUUGUUCGUGGAUUGCCUUCUUCAGCUUCAUGGCAAGAUCUGAAGGAUCACAUGCGUAAGGCUGGAGAUGUUUGCUUUGCAGAAGUUUAUAGGGAUGGUGAUGGAGCAAUGGGUAUUGUGGACUACACCAAUUAUGAUGACAUGAAAUAUGCAAUCAGGAAACUUGAUGAUUCUGAAUUUCGAAAUCCUUUUGCAAGGGCUUAUAUCAGGGUGAAAUGCUAUGAGGGUAGCCCGCGUGGUGGUCGAAGCCGAAGUAGGAGUCGAAGUGGGAGUCCAAGAAGCAAUAGGAGGUCUGUGUCAAAAUCUAGGUCACCCUCACCAGCCAGAUUAUCCAGAUCAAGAUCAAGGUCAAGGUCGAACUGACUGCAGGAAUGUUUGCACAGCGGUCAACGUCAGCUGAAGUUCCUACUGACUCAGAAUUAGAAACUUCGAAGCAUUUAUGAAUAUUUUGGUGCAUAUGGUAGUGAAGAUUAGCUCAAUAUCUUUCUUGUGUAUCCUGUAGUACCAGCUUAUUCGAUUCAUGUACUACUUUCGGUAGUGCUGCUUGCUUGUAAUGUUGCAUAAAGGACCUGCCCUUUUUGUACCUUUUCUCGUAUUGAAGUAUGGUCGAACGUUCAAAAGAUGUGCUAUUGAGCUAUUAUUAUCUUAUUUGCAGUAAUCUAUAUAAAUAUUAGAUAAAUGUAUCAAGCUCUUCAAAUUUUUUUAGAAUUUCUUUAA